AUGAUAGAUUUUAAGAGACGAGUGUUUUGGCAUUUGACAUUUAAAGACAUAUUAUCUAUUAUAUCUUCAGUUGCUAUACCCAUAGCUCUUGCUAUUUAUACUGCAAUUGGGUUUCAACAACAAAAACAACAAGCCGAGAAAAAACAAAAGUUUGAUUUGGAACAAUCAAAAGAAUUAAGGCAACAAACACUUUAUGAUGAAUUUUUAAAUAAUAUUUAUAAAUUAGAUAAAGAUGGUUAUCUUAACAAUACAAAAAAUCCAUGGGCAUUUGCCAAUGCAUAUUAUCGUGCUGCUCAUCGCCAAUGGGAUACAAUACGGAAAGCAGAUAUUUUACAAUUUCUUAAAGAAAAACAAUUAAUUGGUAGAAAUAAUUGUACUAAUGGAUGUAGAACAACAAAACUAGAUGAUAUAAUUCGUUUGAAUGAAUUAAGUUUUGAUAAUGUACAUCUAGAAAGUGAAACUGGUGUAUUAAAUAAGUUGAAUUUACAAUGUGUUUCUUUUGAUCAGAUAUCAAUGUCAAAUGGGGAGUUUUCAUCUGUUAAUUUAAAUGGUGUAUCAUUUGAUGGAGGACGACUAAACAAUGUUAAAUUUGAUGGUUCAUCUUUACUUUGUGCUAGUUUCAAUCGUGUAAAUCUGUCGGGUGCAGAUUUUGGAAACUCAAAUCUGACAGGUGCACACUUCUCAAACAGUGAUAUGACAGGAGCUAAAAUAACGAAAGAUCAAAUAAAGCAGGCAUCUUUUGAUAAUGUAAUUAUGCCAAACGGACGAAAGAGUGAAACUGCAUCAUCAACGACAACAAAAACGUCUAUAACACAAACGACAACAAUAUUGAAAACAGAAAUGUCAACAACAACAACAACAAUAACAUCAUCAUUAACAUCAUCAUCAUCAUUAUCAUCAACUACAUCACCGACAACAACACCAUCAUCAACAAUAACAACAACAGCCACAUCGUCAUUAUCAUCAUCAACAACAACAACAUUGUCAACUUCAACUUCAACAACACCAUCGACAACAUCAACAACGACAAUAACAACGACGUCGUCAACGACGUCAACAACAACGUCAACAACUACAUCAUCAUUAACAAUAACAACAUCAUCAACAACAACAACAUCAACUACGACAAGGACCACAGCUAUGACAACAUCAACAACAAUGACGACAACAACAGAUGUUCCUACUUGUGGUCCUAGUGUUUGCUGUAGUGCUGCAAGUUGUACUACUUGUGUUUAUAGUAGUACUACUUAUUACUGUCUUCUUUAUUCGAAUCCACCUGGUUAUAAUUUGUAUACUAGUGCUAGCAGUUGUGCUAGUGAUGACGGUGCUGAUAUUUAUUGUAACUAUAAUACUACUUGUGGUAUUGGUGCUGGUACUCCCGGUCUUGGUUCUGGUAAAGGUUGUUAA